CUUCUGCCAGAGAAAAUUCUUCCCAUCAAUUGCAGAAAUAGCUAGCUCUUGCUCACUUUCUCUCAAACUCUUUGUUAGUUAACACUACUGCUGCUUCAUUAUUUUGUGCUGAAUCAGAAAUGGGUUCUCUUGUGGGAUUGAUGUACCACUUAUUUCGUGUCAAAAUCAUCACUCUUCUCACAGAGAAGAGGGUUCACCCUGAUCUCUUUGUUCCCGAGAUUAACGAGGUUGAUAUCUACCAGUUUGAUCCUUAUGACUUGCCAGCGCUUUCAGAAACCAAGUCCGACGACCAGGUGUGGUACUUUUUCUGUGAACCUCAUUAUAAGUAUGCCAACAGUAAACGUGCCCACCGAGCAACCGGAGGAGGGAACUGGAAAAUAACCGGUCGAGGCUGUGACGUGAAGGAUAAAGGAAGGGUGAUCGGUAAGAAAAGGACAUUGGUUUUCUGCAGACGUGGUAGUACUUCUAAGGAGAUCAAGACUGAUUGGGUUAUGCAUGAGUUCUAUAUCGAGGACAGCCCUUAUUAUGAGAAGAAUUUUGUUGUCUGUUACAUAGAAAAAACAAAAAAAAACAAGUCUAGUGUUUCAACACCCGAUGAUGGUCAACCGAGUCACAGUCUAUCUUCACAUUAUGAAAGUCGUGUUACAGAAAAUUCUUCUUCGGAGGUUGAAUCUCAGCAAACAAUGAGUCAGCAUUUGAUUUCUGAUUCUAGAAAGCAUAUUACAGAAAAUUCAUUUUUAGACGUAGAAUCUCCACCACUAUCAAGUGACGAAUUAGAGAGUGUUUACUCAAUGAUAAAUCCUCAACCACCAGACGAAUUUGAUGCAAUCAGUGGCUAUAAUUGGCUGAAUCACAGCUCGGUCUCUGCACUACAGUUGCCAAUUAAUCAGUACCACGGAUCCAAUUCCUCAUACUCAAAUGGCAUUAGUAAUGACUGUAAUCUAGGGAGCUAUGAAUUCACUGGUGGGCUUGAAGAUGUCGUGAAUUCGCAAAGGAAUGUCCAGAAUCAUUGUCCUUGCGUGUUAGAAGAUUGAGGUUGUUUGUAUCUCUUACUGUCUUUCAAGUCAGUAGAGUAGUUGUAUUAGUUGAAGUUUUUUGGUUAAAAUGUAUAUUGAUCCUUAUUUUAAGGAACUUUUGCUUCUUUAUGUAUGUUGUGCUUUAAUUAAGGAAUGGUCCGUAGUUUUUUAUAUAUUUUGUUA